AUGCCUCUCAUGUCAAUGUCUUCAAAUGUCCAGGAGCUGGAUUCGCCCAGCAGAAAGCGAACUCACACGGAAUAUUCUGACACCGUUGACGAGCUGCCUGCUUGCGACUCGACAAAAGACGCACGAGUCCAGCACAACAAAGGCAACAAUCCGGCCGCUGUCCCCGAGACAACAGUGGCAGACUCGAUCAAAGACCUGUCACUAGCGUCUUCUGCCCCAAAUUCAUCCCGCCCGGCCUCGCCAGAGACCAAUCCGAUACAAAGCAGCCCCCCGUCUCUGGUUGAAGCGGACAGCAGUAACCUCGCCAAGGACUCGGUUUCUCCUGAUACACCUACCCGACAGCCCGCUGUCAUGCCUCCGGCUAAAUCAACACAGCCCGCUGGCCAGGCUCCUCCGGCCAAGAAGCGGAAGAAGCUGACAGAGGAGGAGAAGAAGGUCCAGGCAGACGAAAAGGCAGCCCGGGAUGCCGAGAGAGAGCAGAAGCGCAAAGAUAAGGAAGCCGAGGCGGAGAAGAAAAAGGCCGAAGCUGAGAGGAAGAAGGCCGAGGUCGAGAAAAAGAAGGCGGAGGCUGAGAAAAAGAGGGCUGAGGUUGAGCGAAAGAAGCGAGAAAAGGAAGAGGAGGCAGAGCGAAAACAACGAGCCCAACCCAAGAUCGGAAGUUUCUUUACCAAGCAGCCCUCGACAUCGGCCCCUAAAGAAUCUCGAGGUCGGCUUGACCUGCCAGUCGGCGCUAGAAGCCCGUCUCCAGCCGGCCAAGAGCGAAACGAAUACCAACGUAUCGCGCAAGAGUUCUUUGUCAAGGAGAAUGUUACGCUGGCAAGCAACCAGUUCGCCCUGAGCCCUGAUUCUCAAGCCGCGAAGGUAGCGCUGCUAGACGACUUUGUGGCCGGCAGGCGGGAGCCGAUUGAGACAAAGUCUUUCGACCCUUUCCAGAGUCUACGUCUUCCAAAUGGCGUUGCUCGACCCCGAGGCAAGAUGUACUCCAGUGUCCGAGGGCUCCUGUCUAGCCCCGAUGGUCUCCAGGCGAAUCCUGUCGACCUGACCACCGAAUCCCAGAAUGUGCGAAUACAGAGGACGCAAGCAGCACUCAAGCGAAUCCCCACCAAACACCUUAAAUUUCAUGAGGACGUCCGUCCCGCUUACUAUGGGACUGUGACCAGCGUGGAGUCACUUGCUAGCCUCCGAAAGCUGGGCAGAAACCCCAUCGCCAAGGACCUGCCGCUGAAUUACGACUACGAUUCGGAGGCCGAAUGGGUCGAUGGUGACGAUGGCGAAGGUGACGAUGUGAGUCUUCUGGACGAGGAGGACGUUGAUGAGGAGGAUGGCGAGGGAAUGGACGACUUUCUCGAUGAUUCCGAGGAUGUCGGCAGGGGUCCGCGAAUGGUCGCGGGGACCAUGGAGCCUGAGAGCAGCGGAGUCUGCUUUGAGGACCGCACACGGAAGAAUCCGAACCCGCAAAUGUAUAAAUUUCGGAUGGAGUUCAUGAUCCCGAAUCUGAAGCACCAUCACUCGAUCGACCCUUUCUCCGAUCAAUACUGGGUUCAGGAGCCCAAGGCAACCUCGAUGAAAACUGCAGCCCACGGCACGGCUGAGAAAGUCGCAGCCGGAGCCAUGGCGCCGCCGCCGGUCCCUUCUGCCUUUGCUGCGCUUGGUGCCACUGCUGUAGCAGCCAGUUCAAACCCACCAGCGCCUCAGGACCUGGUGCCGGCAGCUCAACUUGAUAAUUUCAAGGCUGCUGUGCUCGAGUUCAGCUUCAUGCCAAAAGCGGCCAUGAUAGCUACGCUCAAGAAGAAACUGGACAACUGCACAAACGCACAAAUCAAGGCAACGCUCGACUACGUCGCCGAGAAACCGAACAAAAAGGGCAACUGGCAGAUUAAGUCUGGCUUGUAA